AUGCCUUCAAACAGGCUGUGUUUUUCAAUUCCUAGGGAUAAAAUACCUCGGCGCCUUGGUCGUAAAAUCAAGCUGAAUGCAGUAAGUGCACAAAACAUUGCCGUUUUUUCUUCACAAGUGAUGUUUGAUGGAAGCAACCCACUGCUCAAUUGGGUUCUAACAUCAAAAGGAAUGCGAAGACAACAAAAUUACAUAAUACCACCAAAUGAUGCCGAUGAUGUCAAUCCUUCCAAUUCUCAAACAGCAAAAGAAAGACGCACAAAUUCAGCGAAUUUUCCGGGUUUGAACCCUAGUGGAAAUGGUAACUUUUCUUAUAUUAAUCCAUCAGUUGAGUCAGAUUUUUCUAUCAAUCCUGCAUAUAUGAUUCCGAGAAAUCUGGGACAAGAACUUGAUUUCCUUGGUGUUGAAUAUAUGAGUAAUGAUUUUUCAAGCCUCUAUGAUGACCAUGAUGAUACGUAUUUAAACCAGAUAAUGGAACCUUUCGAAGAUGAUGGUUUUAUAGUUUUCGACAUUGAAAAUGAUGCAUGA